AUGGCGGCGGAGAAGGAGGGCGCGGUGGUGACCAAGGGGCACGACGAGGGGAUGAAGGCGGCGGCGGCGCUGCUGGAGGAGUUCGGCCUCCCGCUGGGGCUGCUGCCGCUGGAGGAAGUGACGGAGGUGGGGUUCGUGCGGGACACCGGCUACUUCUGGCUGGCGCAGCUUAAGAAGGUGGAGCACCGGUUCCAGAAGAUCGGCAAGCAGGUGAGCUACGACGUCGAGAUCGCCGGCUACGUCCAGCCCAGGGGCAUCAAGAAGCUCAAGGGGGUCAAGGCCAAGGAGCUCAUGCUCUGGCCCCCCAUCAACGAGAUGGCCGUCGACGACCCGCCCACCGGCAAGAUCCACUUCAAGAGCCUCGCCGGCGUCACCAAGACCUUCCCCGUUGACGCCUUCGCCGCCGGCCAGUAG